AAAUUAUUCCCAAAACAGAAGGCUUAAUAUCAACAUCUUAAAAUUUACUAAAAAUUGAAAACACUAAAGAGGAAAUUAAGUGACCAAGUCUUCUUCUUCUUUACUCUCUCCUUUCUGUUACCGUCGAAAAAAUCGAGCUAAUGUCCGGUGAUAACCAGAUCCGAAUCGGACUCUUAAGCUGCACAAACAAAGUCCGCAAACUCUCUCGAGCUAUAAAUCUCUCUCCAAACGCUACUAUAUCCGCCAUAGCCACCACAAGCUCCAUCGAAGAAGCAAAAUCAUUUGCUAAAUCCAACAAUUUCCCUCCGAAUACAAAACUCCACAGCUCCUACGAGUCACUUCUAGAAGAUCCCGACGUCGACGCCGUCUAUUUCCCUAUCCCCACUCGCCUCCACGUCGAGUGGGCUACACUCGCCGCUAUUAAGGGUAAACAUAUACUCCUUGAUAAGCCUGUUGCUUUAAACGUAGCUGAGUUUGAUCAGAUCGUUGAAGCUUGUGAGGUUAAUGGUGUUCAAUUUAUGGAUGGAACUCAGUGGAUGCAUAGCCCUAGAACGGAUAAGAUUAAAGAAUUUGUGAAUGAUUUAGAGAGUUUUGGUCAGAUUAAAUCUGUGUAUAGUUGUUUCUCAUUUGCUGCGAGUGAUGAUUUCUUAAAACAUGAUAUUCGUGUAAAGCCUGGUCUUGAUGGACUUGGAGCUCUCGGUGAUGCUGGAUGGUAUACGAUCCAAGCGAUUCUUCUUGUUAACAACUUUAAACUUCCGAAGACCGUUACUGCUUUGUCCGGUUCUGUUUUAAACGAUGCGGGGAUUGUUCUUUCUUGUGGUGCGUUGUUUGAUUGGGAAGAUGGGGUCAAUGCAACGAUUUACUGUUCUUUCUUGGCGAAUUUGACGAUGGAGAUAACUGCGAUCGGUACGAAAGGUAGUCUUCGUGUUCAUGAUUUUGUUAUACCGUAUAUGGAAACCGAGGCUGUGUUUACUACAAGUGGUGGAGGUUGUGUUAGUGAACAUAAAGUAAUGACUGAGCUUUCACAAGAGGCGUGUAUGGUUAUGGAAUUUGCUCGGUUGGUUGGAGAAAUCAAAAACAGAGGAGCUAAACCGGAUGGGUUUUGGAUGAGGUUUAGCCGGAAUACGCAGUUGCUUGUUGAUGCUGUGAAAGAGUCGAUUGAUAAUAACCUUGAACCGGUGUUUCUCUCCGGCCGGUGAGAAAGAGCUCAGAAGUUAGAUCAGAUUUGUUUGUGUCGAUGCUUUUAGUAGAUGUAGUAAUUAGGGGUUUAUGUAUGAUAUCUUCUCGGCGUCCGUUGGUGGAGAGGUCAAUUAAAGAUCUCCUUGGCGCAUGGCUGCAAGCAUUUCAUCAAUACAUUUCAUCCAUCACCAAGAAAUUCUAGGGAUAUAUACUGCAUAGAGCUUCAAAGACUUGGUGCAGUGUCACUCACGAGUUUUGCUGUGUUUAAUGUGGCACCGGGGUUUGCUUGUAAAUCUAUACCUCCAGCUUUAAUAGCAGAGGUAGUGACUAUGGCUGGUAAACUUUGGCAUUAUGUGACUUCUUUCUCCGAUGUGACAUCUUCAGGUGUCCAAACAAAAAUCUCUGCUCAUAAGACAAUAUAAGUUCAUCGACAAUACUAGCUACUGUUUUGUUGAAUUCACAAUCUCUGCACCUUUCUUAUAUAGCAGCCACCUUGGAUUAAUUUUGUUUUUGUUUUCCUUUUUCCUAUGGUUUAUGAUUCAGAAGUUUAGAUUAUACGUUUAUUUACAAGAAUCCAGAGAAUGAGUACAUAAUUGACCAAAAAUAAAAGUUCAAAUUAUUUUGAUGUAGAA